CUGAAUUAGCUUGGCCUCGAAAGAUUGUGGCUUGUCUGAAAAAACACAGGCAAGAAGAAAAAGCUAAUUUCAAGAAAAAACCGAGGAUGGUUAACAGUGCUUUGACACUUCAGGUUCUUCCACUGGUUAUUUUCCUAGGAACCACAUGUCUGGGCGCUUCCCAUUUUUCCUUCUGGGCCAACCUGAUGGAUGAUGAGGCUGAUGACAAUGAGAACUACUACUAUGAUACAGAACCCAAGCAGGACACCAACCCCGAGCAGGAACUCUGGGAUGAAAUUAGCUGGCUUGAGACAUCUUUAGGUGACUUCUUUGCCAGCAAAGACUCGUGCUUCCCCAACCCCUGCAAGAACGAUGGCAUCUGUGAAGCCAAAGGAAAUGGCUUCAUCUGUCACUGCCCCAAGCCAUACGGUGGGACUACAUGUGAGAAAGUGGAGGACAUGUGUCUGGAGAAGAACUGCCACUUUGGUGACUGCCUGAUUACAUUAUACCCACCCUAUUUCAAGUGCAGCUGCAAGCCUCCCUACAAGAGACCCUUCUGCCAGCGUGCAUCCAAACAGUGCAGUCCAAACCCUUGCAAAAAUGGAGGCACCUGCACACGGAACAGAUACAGAUCAAAGUUCAGCUGCCAGUGCCCUGAACCUUUCCGAGGGAGAUUCUGCGAGAUUGGACCAGAUGAUUGUUAUGAAGAGGGCUCCUCCAUGUACAGAGGAAGAGUGAACCAAGCAGAAAAUGGCAGGACCUGCCUGCACUGGAAUUCCCACCAUCUCUUGGACCACCCUUUCAAUGCCUUUAUGGAGGAUGCUGACACACAUGGCAUCGGUGAACACAACUUCUGCAGGAAUCCUGAUGGUGAUGAAAAACCCUGGUGCUACAUCAGGAAAAAUAAGGAGGUUGAUUGGGAAUACUGUGAUGUUUCACCCUGCUCAGAUGAAGAGGUCCCAACAGAACCUCCUACAGAGCCCCCUGAAACAUUCCAAACAUGUGGACAGCCAGAAGUUCGUAGGACACUCAAGAAGAUCUAUGGUGGAUCCAAGGCUACAGCUGGAAAACAUCCCUGGAUGGCAUUUCUGGACAUUCAGACCAGAGAUGGGAAGGAACAUUUCUGUGGUGGAGUGCUAAUCAAAUCAUGCUGGGUUCUUACUGCUGCACACUGCCUUGAAGAACCAGUAAAAAAGAUCCAAGUAUCCCUUGGAAAGCAAAACCUCCAGGAGAAAGAGGAUCAUGAGCAAAUAUUCGAUGGAGUGGAAGUAAUUUUACAUGACAAGUACAAAGACAAGGGUGGUGUCCUCUACAAUGAUAUUGCACUACUUAAACUGCAGUCUGUUGAUGGUUACUGUGCAGUGGAAACAAAGUAUGUGAAAACAGCGUGUCUCCCUGACUUCUUCCUUCCUGCUGGGACUUCCUGCUUCAUUUCUGGAUGGGGAGAGACAGAGAGAGAUGACUCAUCCCAGCUGCUGUUAGAUGCCAAUGUCAAGCUGAUUUCACAGAAGAGAUGCAAUGAACCCAAACUCCAUGAUAACUCUCUGGAUGACAGCAUGUUUUGUGCAGGAAGGCUUCGGAAACCCGGGAUCGAUUCUUGUUCGGGAGACUCUGGAGGUCCACUGACCUGUGUAGAAAAUGGCUCCUACUAUGUAUAUGGCCUUGUGAGCUGGGGUGAAGGAUGUGGGUUAAAAAACAAGCCAGGAGUUUACACCCAGGUGACAAAAUUCACCAGUUGGAUUAAAGAUGUGAUUCAGUCUUCAUCAAAGUCACGUCAUUAGGAGACAGCUUUGGAAUGACAAAUGAAUUUCAGAAGCAUCAGGGUUGACUCCAGCUUGCUGAGAUCCUUCUGUCUCCAACUGGUCCUGUAAAAUCACACCCAAAAAAAUUGUGAAACCAGCCAGUGGGUAAGGGAGGGUUUAAAUUAUUAUUCUAUAACAAUAUUUUCAUAUUCAAAAUUACACAACUGGCAAAAAAAUUGAGGAAAAUCUAAAUCACUGUUCUGCACUGAGUGAAUUUCUGCUGUGGAGAAGUUCAAAAAAUGGACCUGUUCAUGUAUGUCAGAUACCUCACAUACCAAAGGACUAAAUGUGCUCAAGUCCUAUUUUCUAUUUUGAACCCUAAAUAAAAGCAAACCAGCAAUCACCUGA